GAAAAUGAAACCAUUUCUAGUUUUGCUAUUUGUUAUCUUCAUUUGGUUAGCAACAACAUCAAUACUACUAGCUCAACAGUACGCCAAGACUGGAUGUCCGGUUAAGUGUGGGAGUGUUGAAAUUCCAUAUCCGUUUGGAAUCGGAUCAAAUUGUUCACUCCAUUCAUGGUACACUGUUGACUGCAACUCUUCGAUACCAUAUCUACCUGCUAUCAAUAAUGUAGAGGUGUUAAAUGUAAAUUUGACACGAGGGACGGUAUUGGUUGAUAUCUCGGUGAAAUCUGAUUGCCAAAAUCUGGUCUGGAAUACUAGUCAGAUCAUAAGCAACUUUGACCUUGAAAGUAGUCCUUUCCUAUUUUCUGAUUUGGAUAAUAUACUAGUCGUUGAGGGAUGUGGUCUUAAUGGUUUCAUUACGGAUAUUAUGGGGACUACUGUCACUGGUUGUUCAACUACUUGCCUCAAUGAUACAGUGAGCGAUAGAAACAACUGUUUCGGUAUUGGUUGUUGCCAAGCUACGAUUCCUCAUAAGGUCAAGUCAUUCGUGUUGAAUCUUGAGGGCUUGGAAAGGCAUCUUGGAGAUGGAAGAUGUGGUUCUACUUUUUUGGUGGACCGAAACUUUUCACAGCAAUCUAUUUCUAUGAAUCACAAUAGAUCUAUUCCUCUAUCACUUUCUUGGACGCUAUCACCUGAUGAUUUAUAUGAAAUUCAAGAUUUUUCUGUUGUAGAGUGUAUACUAUAUGCACUUGAUCUAGGUAAUGGUAAUUGGGUGGAACCUAUGAAGUGCACUUGUAGAAUAACGCAUAACGGUAACCCUUAUCUAGCCAAUGGAUGUGAAGGUAUUAGCAUAAGCAUGGGUUUGCUUUUACUAAUGGUCAUCGGCUAUGCAUUGUAUAAAGUUUUCAAAGAGACCAAAGCCAAGAGGAGGAAAAAAAUGUUUUUUAAACGCAAUGGUGGCCUACUUCUAAAACAACAAGAAUCUGCGGAUACCAAUUUAGUUAAUAAAACCAUACUUUUCACCUCCAGUGAGUUAGAGAAAGCAACCAACAACUUUAACGAAAAUAGGAUUCUUGGCCGAGGAGGUCAAGGCACAGUAUACAAAGGCAUGUUAAUUGAUGGGAGGAUUGUUGCAAUAAAAAAAUCAAAGGUUGUUGAUGAAAGCCAAUUAGAGCAAUUUAUCAAUGAGGUCGUUGUUCUUUCACAAGUCAAUCACCGGAAUGUGGUCAAACUAUUGGGAUGUUGCCUGGAGACAGAGGUUCCUCUUCUUGUUUCUGAAUUUGUCUCAAAUGGUACUUUGUAUCAUCUAAUUCAUGAUAACACACGCGAGUUCCCAGUCUCUUUGAACAUGAGAUUACAAAUCGCGACAGAGGUUGCAGGGGCAUUAUCUUACUUGCAUUCAGCAAGCUCCAUUCCAAUAUACCAUAGAGACAUAAAGACGACUAAUAUACUAUUAGAUGAUCACUAUAGAGCAAAGGUUUCUGAUUUUGGAACUUCAAGGUUUGUAUCAAUAGGUCAAACUCACUUGACUACCUUAGUCAAAGGAACAUUUGGUUACUUUGAUCCAGAGUACUUCCAAUCUAGUCACUUCACUGAAAAGAGCGAUGUCUAUAGUUUUGGGGUUGUUUUGCUUGAAUUCCUAACGAGAGAAAAACCAAUUUCCUUAACCAGAUUUGGUGAACAUAGAAAUUUAGCUACACAUUUUAUGUUUCUCAUGGAAGAAGGUCGUGGAAUUUCUAUAUUUGACUCAAUGCUUCUCAACGAGUCAAAGAAUGAGCUAUUGGGAAUAGCUAACUUGGCCAUGCGAUGUUUGAGUCCUAAUGGGAGAAAUAGGCCAACAAUGAAACAAGUAGCCAUAGACUUAGAAGGCAUGCGAAUGUCGCAUGUGCCUACCACGGGUUAAAAUAGAGCUGGACGCUGAAAACUGUAUUGUAGGUUGUAUCUUUACAUGUGCCGUUACAACACAAGU